UUCUUUGAAAAGCUCCUCAACAGCGACAUGAAAGAGAAUAAUGAAGGAGUUAUUCGGCUGGAGAUGAUCUUCGAGUCUCAGAUGGCAGAUAUUCUGAAGUUUAUCUACUUCGGCAGCGUUCAGAUAUCCACUCAAGAAAAUGCUGAGAACCUGUUUGGAUUAGCAGAUUAUCUUCUCCUCCCAAACCUGAAAGCCAUCGCCAAAAGAUAUCUUGAGGAACACAUCACCACUGCAAAUUGUAUUUCAAUGUACUACCUGGCAGAAAAAUAUUUGUGUCAAGACCUGAUCGCUAACUGUCGGAAAUUCAUCCACUCAAACUUUUCAACCGUCGCCGGAUCCGACGAUUUUCUAAACCUCUCAAGCCAUGAGGUUGAAAAAUGGAUUUCCAGCGAUGAGAUUAUCAUUAACGCUGAAGAAAACGUUUUUGAACUGGUACUACGAUGGAUUGAUCAUGACAAUAGCCAGCGACGCGUUAAGUUUCGUGACUUGUUUCGCCACGUUCGACUGACCUGUAUCUCGCGUGACUUUUUAGCAAGCGAUGUCGUGACUAAUGAUCUUGUGAAAGAAGAUGGAGAGUGCCUCGAAAGUGUUUUGCUCGCUUUACAAUGGCUCGAUCGAUCAGCAGAUUGCGAUAUUCCACGGCCACACCCUCCACGGAGGGCUCUGGAGAGAGAUGUUAUCGUAGUCACGGUUCGUGGACGCGAACGUUCUAUUUUCCACACCAACUUUUAUCUUCCUUCAACGGAACAGUGGCACCGCUUGCCCCCGACCUCAUGCGAACCUAUAAGCGUAUUUUCGCACCGAAGCAAAGUGUUUGUUGUAACGAAACCUAUCGCCAGAUCGCUAUGCUAUGACCCAGAUUUAAACCGCUGGUCUCGAGCACCGUGGACAAAACUGAAUUCAGACCGAACAUUCAGAAGUUUAGGUGGCAAAAUCCCGGAACUUCUUGACGUUUUGGUUAACAAAGACGAGAUCUUUUUUAUUCUAGCAGAAGAGGGCUUGGCCUUUCUUUCCCUUUGGAGAUACAACAUUGAGUUAAAUUCAAUGACUGUUGAUCUCAACUGGGUUGGAAAAGAAUUGUUUUGUGCCGUAGUUGUUGAUAAGUUGAUAUAUGUUAUCGGAGGAUAUAAAAUCCCUCACUUUGGUAUAAGGUAUCCCCUCUCUGAUUCUUCAACAUACGACACCGAGGGAAGAUUUUGGAAAGAAAUAGCGCCUUUGAAAGAGACGAGGGUAGGUGCUAUUGGUGUCUGUAAAAAUGAAGAAAAGAUUUUCAUUGCUGGAGGAUUGGGUCCCGGUACGGUCUGGCGGAAUAGCUGUGAGGUUUACAACAUAGCAACAAAUGAAUGGCAGUUCAUAGCCAGCAUGACAGUGGGUCGAGCCGGUGGAAAAAUGGUGUUAAUUGAUGAAACCAUUUACGUCCUUGGAGGUCGUAUUAAAAUGCCCUUCAAGGAUGUUUGUAAAUUCCCUGACGGCAAGGUACCUGUAGAAUGCUACGAUGAGGAGAGAAACAAAUGGACUGACAGAACAACAAUGCCCAAUGACAAGAUUUAUUUCAGUGAAAAUCCUGAGGCCUCUGGUUUUGGGCUGAGAAUUUGCUCAGUUAAACUCUUUCACACUGUCUGCUCUAAAUUUACCGGGCUUCUUCCAAUUUAAUUGACAGACCCCUACCCCCCCCCCCCCAUACCAAAGUAGGACAUACCAUUUUAAAGCUAUUGAUCUGUCUGUGUAUUCGAAAAAGCGAAUCUUCGACCACUAAGGAAGAGAUAAUUUUGAUACUUUUGAAACAUUUCAAAACAGUCAAAAUAUUCUUAUACUUAUUACGUAUAAUUCUAAGCCAUCGUUAAUAGAAGAAAUGGUCAUAAAACCUGGCAAAGUUCUCUUUUGUAUGUUUUUGUUUGCUAUUUUGGGGUUUACCCUGAACAAAACCUUACAAAAUACAAAAGCUGGUUGUGUUAUCAUACGACUAACCAAUAGAAGUAUUGCGAUUAUGUAAUUCCUGCAUAGUUAAUUAGCAUAAAACAAAAGAUGUGCAGGGUC